GAACCAGGGACAUGUCGGCCUCCGUGGGGGGGCCGCGCAUCAUCAUGCCGGACCUGCCGGACCUGAGCCACCUGACGGAGGAGGAGAGGAGCAUCAUCCUGGCGGUGAUGGCGCGCCAGCGGGAGGAGGAGGACAAGGAGCAGGCCAUGCUCAAGACGCUGCACCAGCAGUUUGAGAGCUACAAGCAGGAGGUUCGGCGCAUCGGCGCCGACACGCGGCGGCAGCAGAGCCUGCAGAAAGACGACGCGCCAACCUGCGGAAUCUGCAGGAAGACCAAGUUCGCCGACGGCUGCGGCCACCAGUGCUCCUACUGCCGGACACGCUUCUGCGCCCGCUGUGGGGGACGGGUGUCGCUGCGCUCCAACAACGUGAUGUGGGUAUGCAACCUGUGCCGUAAGCAGCAGGAGAUCCUCACCAAGUCCGGAGGAUGGUUUUCUGGGUCGGGGGGGCGGCCCGGCAGCACCGAUGACCCGGUCCAGGGAGGUGAGGCCCCCCGGGACAGGAAGCUGCUCCGCUCCAGGUCCCAAGCCCCGCCCAGCAGCGCGGGACCGCCGGACGGGCCGGCGCCGCACGCCGCCGCCGCUAACGCCGGCACCAGGCCCGGAGACGACAUGUCUGGACCCCGAUCUCAGAGCGAACCCCCCAGAGAGAAGAAGAGGCCCGUUUCCCUCCACGAGCAGAACGGCCGCGGGGGCCCGGGCCGCCCCGGCGGGCGACGACCCGGCGGGCGGCUGCAGUCCCACUCGUCCCUGGAGGAGCGUCUGGGCCCCGCGGACCGGGACCGGGUCGGGGACCGGGACCGGCGGCCCCUGGAGAAGAUCCACUCGCAGGACUACGAGGACGGGGACGAGCAGAACCCGGGCCGGGGCGGUCCCGAGGCCCGGCGGCGCCGGCCUGAGGACGAGGAGCAGCAGCGGCGGGAGAGGCAGCGGCGCCAGGAGGAGGAGUUCCAGAACCGGUACCGCAGCGACCCGAACCUGGCCCGCUACCCGGUCAAGCCGCAGAAGGAGGAGCAGGAGAUGCGGAUGCACGCCAAGGUGUGCAAGGUCCGGCACGAGCGGCGCCACAGCGACCUGGCCAUCAACGAGGUGGGCCUGGGCCCGGCCCAGGGCGGGGGGGGCGAGCCCCAGAACCCGCUGGCCCGGAGGGGGAACGGGGGCGGCCAGAACCAGAACCACAGGACCGCGGGGGGGGUGGGGAACGUUGGGCGGCCCGAGCCCGGCCCCGGGCCGACCCGGACGGCCAGGGGCAAGGGGGGCGACCCGGCGCUGAGGAAGGAGCCGGACCGGGACCAGGACCAGAACCGGGACCGGGAGGCCCCGCGGCCGCCCCCGCCCCCCUCCCGGGCCUACAAGCCCAAGCGGGCCAGCCGGAGACAGAUGUCCGUCAGCAGCUCCGAGGAGGAGGGCGGGUCCACGCCCGAGUUCACCAGCUGUGAAGACCUGGAGGGCGUCGGGGAGAAAGGUGACUGGGACUGCCAUCCUCUGGACCCGACCGUCUGGCACCACCCGGUGUCCUGGCAGCCGUCCAAAGAGGGGGACCACCUGAUUGGACGGAUCACGCUGAGCAAGAGGACGGCGCUGCCGCGUGAGGCCGGGUCCCUGCUGGGCCUGAAGGUUGUUGGGGGGAAGAUGACGGAGACGGGGCGUCUCGGCGCUUUCAUCACCAAAGUGAAAAAGGGCAGUUUGGCCGACGUCGUGGGACACCUGCGCGCAGGGGAUGAGGUGUUGCAGUGGAACGGGAAGUCGUUGCCGGGGGCAACCAAGAAGGAGGUGUACAACAUCAUCCUGGAGUCCAAGGCCGAGCCCCAAGUGGAGAUCGUCGUCUCGAGGCCGAUAGGAGACAUCCCCAGGAUCCCCGGCUCGCCUCACCCGCCCCUGGAGUCCACAGGCUCCAGCUCCUUCGAGUCCCAGAAGAUGGACCGUCCCUCGAUCUCGGUGAUGUCCCCCACCAGCCCGGGAACCCUCCGGGUCCUCCCUCUGGUGCUGCCCGGGCAGCUCUCCGUGAAGCUGUGGUACGACAAGGUGGGCCAUCAGCUGAUCGUCAACGUGCUCCAAGCCAAAGACCUGCCUGCUCGGCCCGACGGCCGGCCGCGGAACCCCUACGUCAAGAUGUACUUCCUGCCCGACAGGAGCGACAAAAGUAAACGGCGGACCAAGACGGUGAAGAAGAGCGCCGAGCCCAAGUGGAACCAGACCUUCCUGUACUCGCACGUCCACCGGCGGGACUUCAGGGAGCGAAUGCUGGAGAUCACGGUGUGGGACCAGCCGCGGGUCCAGGAGGAGGAGAGCGAGUUCCUGGGGGAGAUCCUGAUCGAGCUGGAGACGGCGCUGCUGGACGACGUCCCCCACUGGUACAAGCUGCAGACGCACGAUGCCUCGUCCAUCCCGCUGCCGCAGCCGUCGCCCUACAUGGGCAGACGCAGCCUGCACAGUGACAGUCCCAGCAAGAAGCUGCAGAGAUCUCAGCGCAUCAUUGAUGCAGAGUUUGAUGAUGGUUUGGUUGUUGACCGGAAAGGUGCAGAGAGGAACUCCCGGGAGAGAGACCGGGCCUCCACCUUGGCGGUACCGGACCAGGACCGGCCCGUCCAGCACCGGUCCCGCUCGGUCUCGCCCCACAGAGAAGAAAACUGUCGGUCUCGGUCUCGGCCGGCCCACGUCCCCAUGCAGAGGAGUUUGGACGAGAUCCAUCACAACCGCCACGUGUCCCCGUCCCACUACCACGAGUCCCAGCUGGAGCCGCAGCGCUCCGGGGACUCGGACUACGAGUACUCGGAGGACAGCGAGGUCCUGGAGCUGCACAGGUCGGUGCGCGGCGGCAGCGCCGAGUGUCUGCACACCAACAGGAGUUUAGCUAGGUACAGCAACACGCUGCCCCCCAGAAUGCCCCUGUUAGCAAACGGUAUCCAUAAAGACCUGUACAGCUCCACCCUCCCUGCAUGCCUAAAGAGCAAGGCCCCCCGGGGCCCCCCGGAGGGCGGGGGCCCGGCCCGCACCGUCCUCACGCAGCGCGUGCUCAGGUUCACCGACGAGGUGGCGGUCAGCGACCUGCAGCCGUCGCUGGACCGAGUCCGCAGCGCCAGCACCACCUGCCUGAGGCCCGACACCAACUUCCACUCCUCCGACCGAGACAGCCGAAUGCAGCCCACCUCCAUCCUGAGGGGCAGCAGAGGGAGAGGGGGGCCCCUGAGGCCCCUGAGGCCCUUCAGCCAGACCGUGCUGUCCUGUCCUAACUCGCCUCGCCCGGACAGGCCCCUCCCCCACGGAGGCUCCUCCCCCCCGGCGGGAACUCCCACCUCAGGGCGACGAGGUCGACAGCUGCCCCAACUUCCUGCCCAGAGCAGCAGCAUCGAGCAAGCUCUGGCGGUGGAGGAACGAGCCCGGAAACUGAAGGUGCACCAGUACCGGCCCCCGACGUCCCGGGACCCCAACACGGACCUGAAGACCAAGCGGGAGAUGUACGCCGAGCAGCGCCGCAGCAGCGACAACGCCUCGGCCCGCUCCACCGACAGCGACAUGAGCGACGCGUCUGCACCGUCCCGCGCCAGCAGCGUCUCCCGCCUCAGCAGCACCAGCUGCAUGUCCAUCCAGUCGGAGCAGCCGGGGGGACGGUUCAGCAGGAGGAUGCGCUCCGUGGGCCGCUCCCUGCUGAAGAGCUCCAGCGUGAGCGGGGAGAUCUACCAGGACCGGACCGACGGCAGCCAAUCAGACACGGCGCUGGGCUCGGUGGGCGGGGCCGGCAAGCGGCGGCGCUCCAGCCUCAGCGCCCGCGUGGUCGCCAUCGUGGGGAACCGGCGCUCCCGCAGCACCUCGCAGAUCAGCGGGCCUGAAGGGAAGUCCAAGCGUGAUAAAGGGGCUCCGAUCCAGCGCAGCACAGAGACCGGCAUGGCGGUGGAACUGACCCGGAACAUGAGCCGGCAGCCGAGCAGGGAGUCCAACAACGGCAGCAUGAACAGCUGCACCUCCGAGGGCAACUUGAUGUUCUCCGGCGUCAACGUCGCCGCCAGCAGUCAGUUCAGCGACUUCCUGGACGGACUUGGUCCCGCCCAGCUGGUGGGCCGGCAGACGCUGGCCACGCCCGCCAUCGGCGAUAUCCAGAUCGGGAUGAUGGAGAAGAAGAGUCAGCUGGAGGUCGAGGUGAUCAGGGCUCGGGGACUCGUCCAGAAACCGGGGUCCAAGUCCCUCCCGGCUCCCUACGUUAAGGUCUACCUGCUCAAUAACGGCGCGUACGUCGCCAAGAAGAAAACCAAGAUCGCGCGGAAAACGCUGGACCCGCUUUACCAGCAGGCGCUGACGUUCGAGGAGAGUCCGGCGGGAAAGGUCCUACAGGUGAUCGUCUGGGGUGACUACGGCCGGAUGGACCACAAGAGCUUCAUGGGCGUCGCCCAAAUCCUGCUGGAGGAGCUGGACUUGUCCAGCACCGUGAUUGGCUGGUACAAGCUGUUCCCUCCGUCCUCGCUGGUGGACCCUACGUUAGCCUCGCUGACCAGGAGAGCCUCACAGUCGUCGCUGGACAGCUCGUCCGGGCCGCCGGGGGUCCGAUCCUAGCGGGACGACCCGGGGUCCGAUGCUAGCGGACCUAGCGGCGCCGCCGCGGCUAGGCCCGGCACGGACAUGUGGGACAUCAACAAUCAAAAAAACAUUGGAAAGAGAAAGCUUUUGUGGAAACCUGACAAUCACUCCCGCCGUCGCAGGGAGCGUCACAUUUCAGUGUUUCAUGUCCAUGAAAAUAAAAUAAAGACUAGAACAGACCCGAGUAUCGGCCAAUCAGAGCGAAGCAGAGAAAUGUAAACGUAAGCAUGGGAAUGUAGUGGAACCCCCCUCCACUCCUCCAGGGGGCCCCUGGGAGCCCGGGGGGGCCUCCUUCUGGUGCCUAGAUCACGGAGCCACGUCACUUGGUCCCUCCCACAUUCCUGAAGCCACGCCCCUCAAUAUCCCCCCCGUGGUUGCCAUGGUUACGGGGCACCUCGGGUCCGAGCGAGUGUUUGUUUUUGUCGUUCAUUUCUUCCCCCCUAGAUGUUCCCAAGAGCGAGUCCGACGCGUCGCCGCGUCGCUCGGACGGAAGAACGCCAGAUGAGAAAAAAGGGGCGUGACCAGAGCUGG